AUGGCACUUCAGGUCUUAGUUUACAUUCUCCUUCUUGGGAGUUCAUUGAGGCUACAAUCAGUCACCGGCAGAAAGAUUGUAGGGAACAAGACAGAUCGACUUGCUUUGCUGGAUUUUAAGAAACAAAUUUAUGAUCCGUUUGGAGUACUAAUUUCUUGGAACGAUUCCAUCCAUUUCUGCCACUGGGUGGGAAUCACUUGUGGCCAUCGUCAUCAACAACGGGUUAUCGGCUUGGAUUUAGAAGGAAAGGACUUGGGAGGAAUCAUAUCUCCUUCCAUAGGUAAUUUCACUUUUCUUCAUUCCCUCAACAUUGCAAACAAUAGUUUCCAUGGAAAAAUCCCCCAGGAAAUCGGUAAUUUGGUUCGACUGCAAUACAUUGAUUUUACAAACAAUACUAUCGAAGGAGAGCUUCCUACCAAUUUGGCCAACUGUACUCGUCUAAGAGAAAUUCUUUUCUCCUACAAAAAUUUUGUUGGGAAUAUUCCGGUUGAACUAUUUACGUCAUUGUCAAAGCUGGAGAUAAUUUCUAUUAAAUAUAAUGGCUUAACAGGAGAAAUACCAGCUUCUUUUGAGAACAUUUCCUCCAUCCAAGUUAUCACUUUGUGUGACAAUGGAUUGCAAGGGAGCAUUCCAGAAUCCCUUGGUCAGCUAACAAACUUAAUGUGUCUAUCACUUUGUCUAAACAAGCUGUCCGGUAUGUUUCCUGUCUCACUAAGUAAUCUCUCAUUUCUCCAAGUUAUUUCUCUAGGAGAAAACGAACUGCAUGGGAGCAUUCCAGAAUCCCUUGUUCAUCUAACAAACUUAUACUAUCUUUCAGUUUAUCAAAACAAGCUGUCUCGUAUGGUCCCUGUCUCACUAUAUAAUCUCUCGUCUCUUGAAGUUAUCUCUCUUGGACAAAACCAAUUUCAUGACAACCUUCCAAGAGACAUAGGCCUCACUCUUAAUCCAAAUCUCAAAGUACUUCAAAUUGGAAGCAACUUUUUCUCAGGGAGGAUUUCAGAUUUAUUUUCUUUAGUGUCUGCCCCAUCAUUGAAUUAUGUAGAUUUGUCACAUAACCAAUUCAAUGGUAUGCUCGAUGACUUCUCCCACAACAAUAAACUGGUUGGAAAAAUCCCCAACUCCACUUAUAAUGGAACAAAUCUUGAAGUUCUUGAUUUGUCCUGUAACAAAUUGAGCGGUGUGGUUCCCAAGUGUUUUGGUUGCGUAGUAAUUGGCAAUCUAUCUAUCCUAAAUCUAGAGUGGAAAAACUUGCAUGGGCCCAUUCCUGAUGCUUACACAGAAGGAUGCAAGCUGCAAAUAGUCCAAGUAAAUGGGAAUCAACUAGAGGGGACAUUACCAAGAUCAUUGGAAAAUUGCAAGGAUAUGGAAGUGUUAGAUGUUGGGAACAACCAGUUGAGCUGCACCUUCCCCUUCUGGUUGGAAAACCUACCCCAAUUGUGUCGUUUGGUUUUGAAAUCUAACAAAUUCUAUGGCCCCAUUAUACAAAAAUCAAAGGCUGUUGAUUCUCAUUCGCCCUUCCCAAUGUUGCAUGUGUUUGAUAUCUCUCUAAACAGUUUUACAGGGAAAUUGCCACUGGAAUACAUUUGUCAAUGGAAAUCAAUGCUGGUUACAUAUAUACCUCAACUGGUCAAUUAUAUAGGUUCAGAUUCUGGCUAUCAAGUUACACUCGAGAUUGUAAUCAAAGGAAUAAGUUUGGAGAUGAAGAAGGUCAUAGAAACAUUCACCACCAUAAAUCUUUCUUACAACAAGUUUCGAGGAAUUAUUUCAGUAGCAAUUGGGGAACUUAAAGCACUCAUGGGGCUCAAUUUAUCUUCCAAUGACCUCAUAGGUCAAAUUCCAUCUUCACUUGCUCAGUUGAUCUGGCUUGAAUCCUUGGAUCUAUCCAGAAAUAGUCUAUCAGGGGAAAUCCCCCAACAAUUGGGAAGCCUCACAUUCCUUGAAGUUUUGAAUCUAUCACAAAACCAUCUCAUAGGAAUGAUACUGCAAGGCAAUCAGUUUGGAACAUUCUCAAUUGCUUCCUAUGAAGGGAAUGAGGGAUUAUGUGGAUUUCCAUUACCAAAAAGAUGUGGAGUAUUAGAAAGAGCACCACUAACUCCAGCUUUGACACUUGAAAAACAAGAAGAAGAUUUUACAAGUAUACUUGAUUGGAGAUUUGUGAUCGCAGGGUAUUGUUCUGAAGUGAUAAUUGGGAUGGUGAUUGGACAAACUAUGUUUUGGUGGAUCAUUGGAUGCUUCAACUUAACAUCAAGAAUGAAAAAAUUCAAACCAAAGCAAAGGUCAAAGAAGAGCAAAAGGCAUGGGAGAGUAAAAUGA